AUCUUUCCGCUCCCAUGCUGCAACCAACCCCCAACCAUGCUUACGUGCGCGCUCCCGCUAUUAAGCGACAAGAUGGCGGUCGCCGCCGGAUCAGGCGUUAAGGUUCCUCGUAACUUCCGGCUGCUUGAAGAGCUGGAAGAAGGCCAGAAAGGUGUGGGGGAUGGGACAGUGAGCUGGGGCUUGGAAGAUGAUGAGGACAUGACCUUAACAAGAUGGAGAGGGAUGAUCAUUGGCCCUCCUAGGACAAUCUAUGAAAAUAGGAUGUACAGUCUGAAGGUUGAAUGUGGGCCCAGAUAUCCAGAGGCACCACCGUUUGUCAGAUUUGUAACUAAGAUAAACUUGAAUGGUGUGCACAACUCCAAUGGUGUGGUUGACACACGAGCAGUGUCUGCACUGGCCAAGUGGCAGAACUCCUACAGCAUCCGUGUGGUCCUGCAGGAGCUCAGGCGGCUCAUGAUGUGCAAGGAGAACAUGAAGCUCCCCCAGCCACCAGAGGGACAGAUCUACACCAACUGAGCCCAUGCUACUACUCUCCUUCUCCUUUUCCCUCUUUUGUUUGCUUUCAUCCCAUCCACCACCUCCCUCCUUAUUUUCAUUAAUUUGCCAGCCAACACUCAAGCGCACACACAUAGGGACGUACGUGUGGCCGAACACACGAAUGCAGACACCCACAAACAUGCAAUCACUUCUACAUGCGCCAUUCUCAGGCCCUGGCCCCUCCCCUUUCCAUCACUGGAGCUCUGGUUGGACUAGAGAAGACUAGGUAGGCGGAGUCAUCGGUCCAGCCCUGAUCAUUCGAAUACUGUACAUCUUACUAAUCUUUUUUUAUUAUUAUUUGUUAUAAAUGCAGAUUGUACAAUAACAUAAAUAAUCUUAUUGAGUGUACAUGUUGUGUGCUGCCUUUUUGUAAUAGAGAAAACCCCCCAGCGAUUAUGCAAGUAUUUGUGGAUUUUGUUCAGUGCAAGAUAUAAAUUAGAUACGUUUUUCUUAUCAGGUUCUAAAUAUAAAGUUCAACCAGUCAAUUUACCUCCCCGUUGAUUUAGAGAGCUUGACCCAAGAAAUAUGUUAAAAUAUUUCUUGAGUGUUUAUUUGGGGCUUUAUGCAUGUGUAACUUGUAUAGCAAUUUAUUUACGGGCUCCACUGGAAAUGCAUGUGACUGCAGCAGCUUAUAGCAAGAUCCCUGAAGUAGUAAGCCCUUCAAGCUGUCACUUUAGUCAACACACACACGGCCAUGACAGAGGCAACCACUGAUAUUUAGCGUCCUAUAUAAUUAUUUAUAUAUAUUUUUUAAGAUACCAGAAAUGUUUAGUUCAUAAGUGUCAUUGGAUGUAAAACAAUACAAUUAUACCAUAUGUCAUAAAGGAUUCUCACACCAGAAAACCUGCAACCAUUUAAGUUAACUUGAAUUGGCUACCUCUUUUGGUCCUUAGUUAGAGAGUAGAAUUGAUCAAUAGUCAUGCCUUCUUUCUAAUAAUUUUUUUUCUUCCUUCUUUCCUAUCAUAAUUAUUGCAUCAUGCAUUCACACUUAUCUAUGUAUAGUGUCUAUAUUCCAAUGGUUCUAACCCCCUGCAGACAUUUCCCAUGUUUGUUUCAGAAUGCUAGUGUCACUGAGUUUGCCAUUUAUACACUGUCAGUAUGGGUUAUGGAACUACAUUGAUUGUACUUUUACACUAUCUUGGUCUGUACAGGAUCUUAUGUAUAGUGUUUGUCUGUUCCCCUUUAGUGAUCUUACCAAACAUGCAGUAAAUAUCAUAGGGUGACCAGUUUUCUGACUAUUUCUUUAUUGCAAGCUAGGUUUCCAUGAAAUUGGUGACAGAUUUUCAUGCUAAUAUUCUACAAUCCACAAAGACAAUGUUCACACCAAUGGUGUUUCCACCGAAGGGACUUGUUGCUGAUAAAAGUCCGUGGGUGAUGACGUAGUGCACACAAAAUGUACUUUUUCGCUUAAGUUUUCAUGUACCGAAUAAAAAUCUGAAGUUCA